AUGUCAAAAAAUCCUCUGAAGCUCAAGGCAUUGCUCAUCGAUCUCAAUGGGACUCUACAUCUUGGUUCGGAACCUACAAAAGGUGCUGUACAGGCUAUUGAGAAGUUGAGAAAAGCGAGAAUACCAUUUAUCUUUUGCUCAAACUCGACCAAAGAAUCUUCCUCUCAGCUACUGUCGAAGCUCGGUGAAAUGGGAUUUAAAGCUUCGCAGGAAGACUUGAUGACUAGUUUGAGUGCGUGUAAACAGCUGGUAGAAGAGAAGGGCUUCAAACGACCUUUCCUGAUAAUGUCCGAAUCAGCGAAAUCUGAAUUCCCCUCUUCCUCCUCCCAUUCACACCAAGGGACGUACGAUUCCGUGAUACUAGGCUUAGAUCCACCUUCGUUAUCAUACGACAACCUCAACAAGGCAUUCCGCAUACUCAAAUCAGAACCCGUCUCCCACUCCCAAUCAAGCUCAUCUGACAAGAACGAGAAGAACGGUGAUGAUAGAAAAGCAGUAUUGAUAGCACCUCACAAAGCGUCUUUCCAACAAUCUCCCUCCACAUCCACAUUCCCAGCGGGUCUAUCAUUAGGUAUAGGUCCAUUCGUUCAUUUACUUGAACAUGCCACGGGAGAAAAGGCAUUGAUAGUUGGUAAACCUACUAUAUCAUUUUUCGAACUCGCCAUUCAACGAUUACAGCAUAAUCAUGGUAGCAAAAUUGGAGAAGGUGAGAUAGGUGUGAUAGGGGAUGAUAUACAGAAUGAUCUGGGAGAAGGAGCGAGGGAGUUGGGGUUGAAGAGGGUUUUAGUGCGUACUGGGAAAUAUCGACCUGAGAGUGAACAGACGGAUCAUCCACCUGAUAAGGUAUAUGAGGACUUUGCGGAGUUCGUGGAUGAUCUGAUAUGA